CCGGCGUCGGUGGCGCGCGCGCUCCCUCCUCUCGGAGAGAGGGCUGUGGUAAAAGCCGUCCGGAAAAUGGCUGCCGCCGCCGCCGCCGCGCCGAGCGGAGGAGGAGGAGGAGGCGAGGAGGAGAGACUGGAAGAAAAGUCAGAAGACCAGGACCUCCAGGGCCUCAAGGACAAGCCUCUCAAAUUUAAAAAGGUGAAGAAAGAUAAGAAAGAAGACAAAGAGGGCAAGCAUGAGCCUCUGCAGCCGUCAGCCCACCACUCUGCUGAGCCAGCCGAGGCAGGCAAAGCGGAGACGUCAGAAGGAUCGGGCUCUGCCCCAGCUGUACCAGAAGCAUCUGCCUCCCCCAAACAGCGGCGUUCCAUCAUUCGUGACCGGGGACCCAUGUAUGACGACCCUACCCUGCCUGAAGGUUGGACACGAAAGCUUAAGCAAAGGAAGUCUGGCCGCUCUGCUGGAAAGUAUGAUGUGUAUUUGAUCAAUCCCCAGGGAAAAGCCUUCCGCUCUAAAGUGGAGUUGAUUGCGUACUUCGAAAAGGUAGGCGACACCUCCCUGGACCCUAAUGAUUUUGACUUCACGGUAACUGGGAGAGGGAGCCCCUCCCGACGAGAGCAGAAACCACCUAAGAAGCCCAAAUCUCCCAAAGCUCCAGGAACUGGCAGAGGUCGGGGACGCCCCAAAGGCAGUGGCAGCACGAGACCCAAGGCGGCAGCGUCAGAAGGUGUGCAGGUGAAAAGGGUCCUGGAGAAAAGCCCCGGGAAGCUGCUCGUCAAGAUGCCUUUCCAAGCCUCGCCAGGGGGCAAGGCCGAGGGGGGUGGGGCCACCACGUCUGCCCAGGUCAUGGUGAUCAAACGCCCUGGCAGGAAGCGAAAAGCUGAAGCUGACCCGCAGGCUAUUCCCAAAAAGCGGGGCCGAAAGCCUGGGAGUGUGGUGGCAGCUGCCGCUGCCGAGGCCAAAAAGAAAGCCGUGAAGGAAUCUUCCAUCCGCUCCGUGCAGGAGACCGUGCUCCCCAUCAAGAAGCGCAAAACCCGGGAGACAGUGAGCAUCGAGGUCAAGGAAGUGGUGAAGCCCCUGCUCGUGUCCACCCUUGGCGAGAAGAGUGGCAAGGGACUGAAGACCUGCAAGAGCCCCGGGCGGAAGAGCAAGGAGAGCAGCCCCAAGGGGCGCAGCAGCAGCGCCUCCUCGCCCCCCAAGAAGGAGCACCACCAUCAUCACCACCACUCAGAGUCCCCAAAGGCCCCUGUGCCGCUGCUCCCGCCCCUGCCCCCACCCCCGCCCGAGCCCGAGAGCUCCGAGGACCCCACCAGCCCCCCUGAGCCCCAGGACUUGAGCAGCAGUGUCUGCAAGGAGGAGAAGAUGCCCCGAGGAGGCUCGCUGGAGAGCGACGGCUGCCCCAAGGAGCCAGCUAAGACUCAGCCCGCGGUCGCUGCCGCCGCCACAGCUGCAGAAAAGUACAAACACCGAGGGGAGGGAGAGCGCAAAGACAUUGUCUCAUCCUCCAUGCCAAGGCCAAACAGAGAGGAGCCUGUGGACAGCCGGACGCCCGUGACCGAGAGAGUUAGCUGACUUUACACAGAGCGCAUUGCAAAGCAAACCAACAAGAAUAAAGGCAGCUGUUGUCUCUUCUCCUUAUGGGUAGGGCUCUGACAAAGCUUCCCGAUUAACUGAAAUAAAAAAUAUUUUUUUUUCUUUCAGUAAACUUAGAGUUUCGUGGCUUCAGGGUGGGAGUAGUUGGAGCAUUGGGGAUGUUUUUCUUACCGACAAGCACAGUCAGGUUGAAGACCUAACCAGGGCCAGAAGUAGCUUUGCACUUUUCUAAACUAGGCUCCUUCAACAAGGCUUGCUGCAGAUACUACUGACCAGCCAAGCUGUUGACCAGGCACCUGCCCUCCCACCCAAACCUUCCCCUGUGUGCUCCUGAGGGACAGAGCAUUGAGAGGACACGCCCGUUUUGGUGCCAUUGAUGCCCCGCCCACAGCUAGCUCGACUCCCCCACCUCCCCCAAACCCCACCAGGUUGGGACAGGGAGGUGUGAGGCAGCAGAGACAGUGGGAUUCUUUAUGGAGAGGAGGAUGGAGGUGGCCAGUGGCUAUGGCCCACGUGAUCCCACCUGUGGCGGCACGAAGUACGGCCCCGUGGCAGCCCCAGUCCAAAACUGACAGAGACAUUUCACAGGCUAGGAAGAAGCGCUGUCUGCUGCGGCUCCGGCACGGCUCUGGGGGAGUCAUCCCUUUGAACUGCGAGUGUAGACUGGCCUGAGCCGCAGGAGGGAACGGCCCUGUCCUUGAGGGCUGUCCUCCAGUGGACGGCGCUAGCGAGAGACAGAGCAAGAGAGCACACGUGCACGCGCCUCUGGAGGCUGCAGCAUGAGGUGUGGGCAGGCUGGCCUGAGGUAGGCACUGAGUGGACGGGGCGAGAGGGGAGGAGAGGAAAAUGUUCUUCCAAUUACUUUCCAAUUCUCCUUUAGGGACAGCUUAGAAUUAUUUGCACUAUUGAGUCUUCAUGUUCCCACUUCAAAACAAACACGCUCUGAGAGCAGACUGGCUUGAAUUGGUGACACUUUGUCCCUCGAGCCACCAGACAUGACGGUGUUCAGAACUACCUGGAUCUGUAUAUACCUGCGCUUGUUUUCAAGUGGGCUCGGCACAUAGGGUUCCCACGAAGCUCCGAAACUCUAAGUGUUUGCUGCAAUUUUAUAAGGACUUCCUGAUUGGUUUCUCUUCUCUCCUUCCAUUUCUACCUUGCUUUCAUUUCAUCCUUUCAUUUCUUUUCCCUUCUCCCUUCCCCUUUCCUCCUACUUCAUCCCUUCUGUCCCCUACAGCUGCAGUGCCCACCCAUACCCAAGCCAACACUGAUUGAUUGGUUCUAGGCCCUAGAACUCUCCCUGCCCUUUGCCUUCCCACUGCCAGUACCAGCCCCCCCCCGUUCAGAGCCCUGAAGAAUCCUGGGUUCUGCUGGGGCCAGCCUGGCCUCUCUCAAGAGCCAGAGGGCACCAAGGUCUGAUUCUCCUAUGUAGCCCCCUGUUCCCUGGAAAGAAAAAGGCCAGAGGCUUCUCAGACCUUGAACCAUGAGCGAAGCUCUCCACCUUUCUCCUCUAGAAAAGUGGACCAGAGAAGCUAGAGAGCGCCCUGUGGCCUGCCAGGUGUAAGUGGCCCAGCAGGGCCUCCAGCUGCCAGGCCUGGCCCCACUCCGAAGUCUGGCGCCGAGCAUCACGAAGCAGGGCGGCUGGCAGAACCAGUGCAGACACUCCUGAGACCUGAGCUGGGAGCCACUCCUGGGCCCUCAGCCCCUCUCUUGCUCCCCCCUUUCCCAUGGAAAUGUGCUUUUGCUCAGCGCAGACUGGGUGGGGCCGGUACAGCCCUCCUUUUGCUAUCUGGUCUGUGGGUUGUGGUGUGGAUGUUGGAGGCUUGGGCUUGCUGUGGGGUUUUAAUCAGUUUCCCUUUGGGAUCCCAUCUUUCUAACUCUGUUCAGGAAGUCCUUAUCUAGCUGCAUAUCUUCAUCAUAUUGGUAUAUCCUUUUCUGUGUUUACAGAGAUGUCUCUUAUAUCUAAACCUGUCCAACUGAGAAGUACCUUAUCAAAGUAGCAAAUGAGACAGCAGUCUUAUGCUUCCAGAAACACCCACAGGCACGUCCCAUGUGAGCUGCUGCCAUGAACUGUCAAGUGCGUGUUGUCUUGUGUAUUUCAGUUAUUGUCCCCUGGCUUCCUUACUACGGUGUAAUCAUGAAGGAGUGAAACAUCAUAGAAACUGUCUAGCAUUUCCUUGCCAGUCUUUAGUGAUCAGGAACCAUAGUUGACAGUUCCAAUCAGUAGCUUAAGAAAAAAAACCGUGUUUGUCUCUUCUGGAAUGGUUAGAAGUGAGGGAGUUUGCCCCAUUCCGUUGGUAGAGUCAUAGUUGGACUUUCUAGCAUAUUUGUAUCCAUUUCCCUAUGCUGUGAAAGCAAGUCCUGCAACCAGGCUCCCGUCAGUCCGACCCCUGAUCCCCUUCCACCCGCUCUGCUGUCGAUCCUCCCGCCUUCACUUCUGACUCCUCCUCGAAAGGAAGGGGUGGUCAGAGGAGGGGCCUGGCCCUUCGGAAUUCCUCUUCCUCCGAGAACAAAAGGCUCCUGUGAUCCCACAGUGGCCUCGCACUCCCUGCACCCCCAAAGGACACCCGUGCACAGCAGCGUGCGGCAUCCAGCCAGGUUGUCCCUGAGAAGAUGUCUGUUUUGAUCAGUCGGGUUUCCACACACUGUGCAUUAGUCCAGUGAAUGGUGGCUCCUGGGCCCAGUGUCCAGAGGUGGCCUCCCCUUCGGCGGGUGCGCCUGGGCCUGGGAAGAGGAGUGUGGGGCCACCUGGUGCCCCGGCGCCCACAACACUUGGCUCAGGAGUCGAUUGGGAACACAGCAUUUCAAGUCUCAUUUUCUCUCGGUCGGUCCCCACCUGCAGCUCCCUCGCUCCCCAGCCUCUUUCCCUUAAGAGUUCCUUCCGAAGCUGCAGAUGGGGCCUGAGGCUCCUCAGAGAUUUCUCGCUGUUUGCCCCUUUCUUCCCCAUUCCCUCGUCCCCAGAUAAAGGCAUCAUGAGUCAGUCGCCUUUAAGCAGGCAGCUUUGUCAGUUUAUCACCCUGGGAGGCAGGGACCCUGCAGCUCCCCUGCACUCCUGCCUUAGGGUCCGGUUGACAGGAGAUUGGAGGGAAAGCCUUAAGCCACGGGAUUCUCACCAGCUAUGUCCGGCCCAGUUUUGGGGUGUGACCUCGAUUUUGUCUGUACUUGAACACUAUGAAGAUUGGGGGGCAUCUUUUAGUGCAUAUGUGAAGAAUACAGGAACUGACCUGCAGCUUUCAAGUCCCCAUGGGGCUAGGUCACUAAGGUCACAUCGACAGUCUCCCCUGCCUUUGUUCUAGUUGUUAGCUACUACCUCCUCUCCCGACAGAACACUGUAUGUCCUCCAGCUCCUCCCAGGCACGCCCACUCUCCCUGCCUGCCGCUGGGCUUCUCAGAACCAGCAGAAUGGCUGGCCCUGGAAAUGCAGCGGCCUGGGGACUUCUGGCCGCAGCCAGGCUCCAUCGAGUACAGCUCCCUUCUGCUGGUAUCCAAAGGCCUGUCAGGGGAUGCCCGUCCAUCAGUGCCGCAGUAGCCAAGGGCCCCGGCCUCUCAGCUCUUGGGAUGGACAUGGGAACCCGAGCGACCCCAGAUUGUCACGUGCCCAGCGUGUUGCUGACGCUGAUCCCAGAGGAGAAAGAGACUGCCAGGCUUGAUGGGGAAAGGAGUUUCCUGAGCUGACAGGACCUCUGAGUUUUCAGUAACUGUUAGUAAGCUGCUCAAGCCCAGGAGAGAGCAAAAGAUUGUGAACCGAAGCCGCCAGGAAAGACCAACUGGAUUGCCUUUAUCCCGAGUAGAGCCUGCCAGAGCUCUGUAGCCCCUCGCCCACCACAGCCCCCUUUCCAGAGCAUUCCAGCCAGGCUCUCUGGGCUGACUGGGCCAGGGAAGAUCACUGGGACCGGUUCUCUGAGAAGACCUUUUGCGCCAAUUCUUAGCUUGUUGCCCCGAAUUGUUUCCUGAUUCGAGUCACAUCAACAGAUCCUAGGACUCAUGGCUUAGACUUCAAGAAAUAAACUAAUCCUAGAGCCUCUGUGGACAAUUGCAUAGGAAAUCCCACUCGGGAUUUGCCUGGACAACGUGCCGUGGGGGUGGGGUAAGGGGUCAGGCACAGCAGCACCCUCACCCGGGCAGAGCCCGCCGCAUGUUCUCACUUCUCUCUUGGCAUCAGUGAACUCUGAAGGCAUUUGUCAAUUCUCUCCACUGUAGUGUCUUCUCUUAGAUACCGUACGGAUCUUUAGAAAAGACAUAGUCUAAUUGUUAUAAAUCGCUAGGAUACUGCCUCCCCCAGGGUCUACAGUUACAUGAUAAAGGGGAAAAAUUGAACACUGACACCGGUUUGCAAUAGGUUAGGAGGAAAACCUAGAAAACAUUUGGCAGAAAAUUACAUUUUGUUGUUUCUGAAUGAAUAAGAGCCAGGUUUUGCAAAAAUACCGACCUAAAAAUACUUAGCGCUUGCCCUGAGGUGUCUGCUGCGUGGUAUAGGCAAAGGGACAUUCAGCCUGAAGCCUCUUGUACUUGAGGAGGGGGAGACCAGGGGCUUCCGGAGACUCUAGGCCUUUUUGUCACUGGGGAGCCGCUCUCUCCCCGGGGAACUGUCCCCAAGGACCUGGUUGCUGACCGCGUCCUUUGAGGGUGGUGUGGAGGUCAGCGGCCUGCCUUGACUCUAAGCUGCAAGAGCCCAGCUGUCCAUGUGGGAAAGCGAGGUGUUGACCGGUGAGCCGGAAGGCCCAGCCCCGCCCUGCUGCCCACUGUUUCCCCAUCUUGCCCGAGCCUGCCCCCACCUUGGAGUGCGCCCAGGGAACUAGGAAGGAGCUUCUGCCUGGCGCGCGUCGUGUGCCCAUGCCUGGCGCGCGUUCUUCCUGCUCGGCUCUUAGGACCUCAGGCUGAGGUGAAGUGGCUGUGUGGCCAGCACCCUGUACACCCCUCUGAACUCGCCCCUCGCCCCACAGAGCCUCUUGCUGCCUCCCCAAGCCACCUUGCCCACCUCUCACCCUGGUGGGAGGCGCCAAGAGCCCCAGGGGCACAGGGAGAGCAAGUGAGGGCGGUGUGGGAGGGAGGCCCGAGCCGCAGUCCUCGUACGGGCAGAGCACACACCCUCCCAGAAGGAAAUGCCGCCUUUGAAUCUCAGUGCAUUGUGGGCACCUUGCAGUUGGCCUUUGCUCCCUAGCUGCCCUGUCGGUCUGAGCAUUGCUCAGCAGUGAGAACAGAGGAGGUUGGCAAGGCUCCUGCCCGUUGACGGCCCCUUCCCCUGCCGUGUUUGUGAGUCAAGUGGCAAAGCUGUUCUUCCUGGUGAGCCUGAGUAUAUCCAGUAACUUAGAGACUCUCCGCAUAGGCCUGCUUCGUCUCCUCUGUCCUGGGCUUUGGUUUUGCGUUUUAGUUCCGCUCUUUGUUUUCUUUUGUCCCUUUUAUUUAAUGCACCGACUAGACACACAAAGCAGUUGAAUUUUUAUAUAUAUAUAUAUCUGUAUAUUGCACAAUUAUAAACUCAUUUUGCUUGUGGCUCCACACACACACACAAAAAGACCUGUUAAAAUUAUACCUGUUGCUUAAUUACAAUAUUUCUGAUAACCAUAGCAUAGGACAAGGGAAAAUAAAAAAGAAAAAAAAAAAGAAAAAAAAAAAAACGACAAAUCUGUCUGCUGGUCACUUCUUCUGUCCAAGCAGAUCGUGGUCUUUCCUCGCUUCCCUCAAGGGCUUCCCUGUGCCAAGCGAAGGAGGCCUCUGGGCAGCACCCAGGUUUUGCACUGUUUCUCUUGUGCUUGGGAGAGGGGUCCCAAGAUCCAGGGUGGGUACAAGGGUGCUUCCCUUGACCCUGCUGACAUCCAGAACGUAGUCAGCAAAGCCUGGUCCCCUCCACCUCUGGGGCAUGGGGAGCCGGGGUCCACGGAGGCUGCCUGACGCCCCCAGCCUCCUCCCAGUGACCCAGUGAGGGUGAGCCCACGGGGAGAGUCAGCCGAGCAGGCCUCUCCACCAGUAGGGUUCAAAGCGCGUCCGCCCUCCCCGCUUGCCGAGUCCAGGAACUGGAGGGGAGAUGGGCGACCCGUCCUGUCUCUGAACCUGCGAGCUGCACCAGGUCGAAUGCCAGGGACCCCAGAUCCACAUGCUACCAGUCCACUGGGUCCCCUCUAAGAAGUAGGGAAGACUCCAGAAAUGUCCCUUUCUCUUCUCCAUUCUACCAGUGAUUGCAUUUGCUUUUGUCAUUCUUAACGAGCAAUAUCUGCUAGAGUUUUGCUGUAACAGUUCUUUUUGAAUCAUUUUUUAAGUAAUUAAAAACACCAAAAAAUAAAAUCCAGAAACUUGUUCUUCCAAAGCAGAGAGCAUUAUAAUCGCCAGGGCCAAAAUCUCCCCUCCCUGUGUCACUGCUUCUUCUGAGGCCUGAAUCCAAGAGAAAGCAGUCCUAGGCCCGUUGCGUGGCUGGGCUACCCCUUGGGCCCCUGGGAGGAAGCAGGGCCGGGGCAGCCUCUGGGCGCCGUCCUGGGCCUGCUCCAGACAGCGUGCGUUCAGUACUAGCAGUGGGUCACGACAUCCUUUACCGCCGUGCCGGGGCUGAUGGCAGAGAAGGCCAGCAGGCCUGGUCGCUGCUGUUUGGCCGCUACCAGGUGGGUGUCCGUGCGCGUGCUUUGUGACUGACGGGAAAUCAGCGCCGAGUUAGCCUCACGCGGUGACCUCCAGCCCCGCCCGGAAGGAGCGGGCUGAGCGGCUCAGUGUUUCUGGGGAGCUGGACGGUGGCGUGCGAAAGGCUUGCAGAACUCGAAGCCUGCUCCUGCCCUUGCUACCACGGCCUCCUUUUCCAUUUGAUUUGUCACUGCUUCAAUCAAUACCAGCCGCUCCAGAGUCAGGAGUUGAUGAGUAGAUGACCAAAUAUCACCAGGACUGUUAGUGUGCGCCGAGCCUCUCCUCGUGCCGGCUCCUGUGCAUCUGGACACUGUACCGUGUGCUGUGUUUGCUCUCCUUCCCCCGCCCUCUCCUUGUCUUUCUGGGGUUUUUCUGUUUGGGUUUGGUUUGGUUUUUAUUUCUCCUUUUGUGUUCCAAACAUGAGGUUCUCUCUACUGGUCCUCUUAACUGUGGUGUUGAGGCUUCUAUUUGUGUAAUUUUUGGUGGGUGAAAGGAAUUUUGCUAAGUAAAUCUUCUGUGUUUGAAAUCUGUAUUGUAACCAUGUUUAAAGUAAUUGUUCCAGAGACAAAUGCUUCUAGACACCUGGUUUUUAGUUGUUGUUGCUAUUGUUGUUGGUUUUUUUUUUUUUUUUUUUGAAACAAAAGCAUUCGGAGGGAGGGGACGGUGACUGAAAUGAGAAGGGGGACCCAAAGAGGCGACCCCUAUCCAGUUCAGCCAGAAACCACCCAAAGAAGUUAAGCCCGGGGAGUCCCAGUCCCAGCCCACACUCCGAAUAGCUGAUGUGUUGCCAUUUUCAAAGUCAGCAAAACCAGUUUCUGUUCCACCCAGUGGAUUCUUUGGCCCUCCCCCCAAGAUUAUUACCAUGGUGGUUAUUUCGAAGGCAAGACAAAGUUGGUAUUCCUUUGAGGGGAGCCAGGAGGGGCUGUGUGUGGGCAGAGCUGACCUCGCUGAAGCGUGCCUGCUAAGCCCACUUGUGGGCACAGGUCAGGGAGACGUUGGCUGGCAGAGGAUUGGCCACUCCCCCCGCGGGCCCAGCUGCCCCUGGAGAGGCCAGCUGGCGGGCAUUCUCAUCUCCAAGAUGUGCCCUGCAGGCACUACCGUCUUUGUUCAAGACCCUUCUGUCACACCCUACCCCACCCCUCCUCCGAAGUGCUAAUGUCAAGUCUGCCCCACCAUCCCUGGACAACUGCUACAGGACCGUGGCGGGGACCCUCUCCCUCCUCACUGUCAAGUGAUUCCUUGCAAAAUUCCAACACGAGACAUCCCUUCCCUCUCCAUGGCCAAGAGAGGUCCUUCUCCGAGAAGCCUCUGCCCUCAGCACAUGGCUGGGACUCCUGAAACGGGGAAGCGAUCCGUGCUCCCUGCGCACCUCACAGCCCCUCCUGAAAGGCGGCAGUGCUGACCACUUGCACAGGGGAUGUAGGAGCUAGAAGAACCAAACAGGGCAUCUGGCCCUUCCCGAGUUGGGGGGUGGGGGGCGUGUUCCCCGGAGGCUGAGCUCUGGGGGACUGCGCUGCCAGUGACACACGGGCCACCCUGUCCUGGGGGAGACUCAGCUGGAGACGUGUCUAAAAGCCCUCGAUCACAUUCACCCUCAGUUUUUGUGUUUUGGGACAAUUACUUUAGAAAAUAAGUAGGUUGUUUUAAAAAACAAAAAAAUAUUGAUUGCUUUUUUGUAGUGUUCAAAAAAGGUUCUUUGUGUAUAGCCAAAUGACUGAAAGCACUGAUAUAUUUAAAAACAAAAGGCAAUUUAUUAAGGCAAUUUGUACCAUUUCAGUAAACCUGUCUGAAUGUACCUGUAUACGUUUCAAAAACACCCCCCACUGAAUCCCUGUAACCUAUUUAUUAUAUAAAGAGUUUGCCUUAUAAAUUUACAUACAAAUGUCCGUUUGUGUCUUUUGUUGUAAACUCAAGUGGUUUUUUCAUAAGGUUCUUUUACUAUUUGAAAAGAUGGGCAGCACGCAGUUUGAUUUUAUUUUUGUAAGUUUUUUAAUACAUGUGAAAGCAAAGACUACUCAGCAUGCCUUUCUAAGUGACGCGUUUGCACCUUUGUUGGGAAGUACUGUAUCCUGUGCUGUUAGCAUUCUCGAUAAAUCUCUCUGUGAAAGUGACUCAAGGUCUGGGCUUUCAUUGUAAGACCGAAGUCUCCUCCAGCUCACGUGGCAGCCUCAUUGGAUCCGGCUGUCCCUGAACACAGAUCACAC